CGCGCUUCUCCCCCCUCGAGAACACAGCCAUGGCCUACGUGGCUAACGAUACGGAUGGCGCCGCCACCACCACCGCGUACGGGAUCGCCCUGCCCUCCUUCCUCCGCCAACGCCGCGCCGCGGACGUGCCGGAGGACGUCGAGGAAGACCCGUACCUCGCGCACUUCAACGACCCCAACUGGGACAUGGACAGCACCCACGUCCACGGCAACGGCGACGGCGUCUCCGAGACGUCGAGCGCGACCGACGUCGAGAUGGGCAACAAACGCACGCUCGGCGCGAAGUACUCCACCGAGAAGCUCGGUAGGCCCGAGUCGUUCUCGGGCAAGUCGCUCGAGCAGACGGACGACUCCACGACGAGGUUCGAUUCGGCCUCGCGCACCGAGUCCACCGCGGUCCCUGAGCAGGACUACAACGACGAGUCGCCGUACGCUGAAGUGCGCGCUGCGGUGUCUAACAUCGAUGACCCCUCUAUGCCGGUCAGCACCUUCAGGAUGUGGGUGCUCGGCAUCUUCUACACGAUCUUGAUCUCCGGUCUCAACCAGUUCUUCGGUCUGCGCUACCCGAGCGUGCAGAUCACCGGUCUCGUCGCCCAGCUGACGGCGCUCCCACUCGGCAAAGGCCUCGAGUAUAUCCUCCCCCGCCACCGCAUCCGCAUUCCGCUCUUCCGCGGCCGUUCUAUCAGCUUCACCCUCAACGACGGCUCGCCGUUCAACGUGAAGGAGCACACCGUCAUCACUGUUAUGGCCAACGUCGUCGUCGGCGGCGCGUACGCGACCGAGGUCAUCGCCGCCCAGCGCGUCUUCUACGGCCAGAACUGGCCGUUCGCGUACCAGAUCCUCCUCACCGUCUCGUCCCAGCUCAUCGGCUACGCCUUCGGCGGCCUCGUCCGCCAGUUCCUCGUCUGGCCGUCGAGCAUGAUCUGGCCAGGCGCGCUCGUCAACGCCGCGCUGUUCAACACGCUCCACAAGAACUUUGGCCGCCGCGAUCGGGGACACAUGACCCGCGAACGCUUCUUCUGCUUCGCGCUCCUCGCCAGCUUCGUGUGGUACUGGGUGCCCGGAUACCUCUGGACCGGGCUCAGCGUCAUGAACUGGGUGUGCUGGAUCAAGCCGAACAACAUCGUCGUCAACCAACUGUUCGGCACCAACACCGGCCUUGGCAUGGGUAUCCUGACCUUCGAUUGGUCUAUGAUCGCGUACAUCGGCAGUCCUCUCGUAGUCCCGUGGUGGGCGGAGGCGAACACCUUCGUGUCGUUCGUCCUGUGGUUCUGGGUCCUCACCCCGAUCCUCUACUACCGCAACGUCUUCUUCGCCAAGUUCCUCCCCAUCUCUGGCUUCGAUACGUACGACAACACGGGCGCGUCCUACGACGUCACCAGGAUCGUCAGCAACGGCGUCUUUGACGUCGAGAAGUACAAGGCCUACUCGCCGGUCUUCAUCUCUACGACGUUCGCGCUCUCCUACGGUGUUUCCUUCGCCGCCUUCACCGCUGUCAUCGUCCACGUCUUCCUGUGGUACCGCCACGACAUCAUGCGCCAGAUCCGCCGCUCGCUCAAGGACGAGCGCGACGUGCACGCGCGUCUCAUGGCCGCCUACCCAGAGGUUCCGCACUACUGGUACUUCCUCCUCUUCGUCGUCGCCUUCGUCCUCGGUAUCGUCGCGAUCGAGCACUGGCCGACGCAACUCCCCGUUUGGGCCUACGUCCUCGCGCUCCUCAUCUCCCUCGUGCUCAUGGUCCCGUGCGGUAUCAUCCAGGCCAUCACGAACCAGCAGGUGCCGCUCAACGUCCUCGUCGAGCUCAUCAUCGGCUACGCGCUCCCCGGCCGGCCGAUCGCGAUGAUGAUCUUCAAGACCUACGGCUUCAUCGCAACGCAGCAGGGUCUCGCCUUCGCCGGCGACCUCAAGCUCGGGCACUACAUGAAGGUCCCGCCGCGCAUCAUGUUCUGGUCCCAGUCGAUCGCGACCGUGCUCUCCUGCUUCGUCGUCGUCGGCGUCCAGUCCUGGAUGUUCGGCAACAUCGAGGGGAUGUGCACCGACGACCAGAAGAACGGCUUCAUCUGCCCGUCCACGGGCACCUUCGCCUCCGCCUCCCUGCUCUGGGGCGGGAUCGGGCCCUCGCGGAUCUUCUCCAAGGGCGCGAUCUACUACCCGCUCGUGUUCUUCUUCCUCAUCGGCGCGAUCGCCCCGAUCCCGUUCUACUUCCUCGCGCGCAAGUACCCGCGCUCGCUCUGGCGGUACGUGAAUAUGCCCGUGUUCUUCAACGGCGUCGCCUUCAUCCCCCCCGCGAGCGGCAUCAACUACGCGUCCUGGUUCGCGGUCGGGUUCGUGUUCCAGUGGUUCAUGCGCCGCUUCCACUUCCGCUGGUGGAUGCGGUACAACUACAUCCUCUCCGCCGCGCUCGACUCGGGCGUGUCGCUGGCGCUCAUCGUCAUCUUCUUCUGCCUGCAAUUCCCGAAGAACGGAACCAUCGGCCUGAACACCAUCCAGGCGUGGUGGGGCAACACCGGCUGGAUGAACAACCUCGACGCGGAAGGCGCGCCGUUCUACACUCUCGCCGCAAACGAGACCUUCGGCCCUAGCACCUGGAACUGAGUAACCCCACCCCCCCUUCUCUUUUCCCCACGUCUUGUAACACCAUCAUCCCAUC